AGAGUGAGCGCUCAUCCUGUUUCCGGCGCUUUGUGCUGCCCAUAUGUCAAAGUCUUUGUGCUUUUCAAGACAGAGAGGCGACAGAAGGGAAAAAAACAGCUGGAUCCAACGACCAUCCAGCUAGCGUUACCACUAGCAGCAACCAGCUCCUCAAGCCUGCUAACCCCCCUCGGCUGCCUGACUUCCAAAAGCUGGUUGUGAGGCUGAUGAUGUGGUGUGAAGAUGGAGGCUCCUGAAUACCUCGACCUGGAUGAGAUCGACUUCUCUGAUGAUUCAGUGUAUUCUGUCACAUCUCUGAAGAGCAUCCCUGAGCUGUCCAGGAGAAGCGAUGGUCAGGCAGAGGAGAGGCCAGCUCCAGCCAUCAAUUGGAGCCGCGGUGUGUCCUCCCACAGCGGUGGGGGAAUCAAACCCACAGGGAUUGCUGAGGUUCACAGUAAGUUCCGGCCGGUGAAGAGGGUCUCACCUCUUAAGCACCAACCAGAAACCACUGACGCAGAGACCGAUGGUAAAGUCCAAGGUCAGGGGCUGGUUCUAGGGGAGCCAGCUGAGAGUAGUAAGGAUGACCCUGAUAAACAGACUAAUGCCUCCUCUGACGGGCAGGGAGGAAAGGCUAAGAGCCUGGGCAGCAGUGUUGGUGUUGUUGGAGGGAGCAACAACCCCCAGGCUUUGUUUGGGGAACUGGAGCACUAUGACCUGGACAUGGAUGAGAUCCUGGAUGUGCCUUAUAUCAAGUCCAGUCAGCAGAUGUCCACGCUGCCCCGUGUUCCCCACGACAAGCGGUCAGUGACGGGGAGCAACAUGGGUGGAGGCACGCUGGAGAGGAACCGGGGAGGAGGGCUGAAGAACUCUGCUUUAACCCACAAUGAGCCUCUGAGCCUGGGCAGCAGUAGUAGCUCACAAACGCAGUAUUGCGUUCUGUCACCAGUGAAGUGGUCUGACCUGAGGAAGUCCAAAUCAAUGGAUCCAGACCUCCACCACCUCCACCGAUCCCCAGGUGGAGGAGGAGGUUACCAGCCAGAGAUGUCUUCUAGCCUCCUUAGCUGCUCCUCCUCUCUCUCUUCUUUCUCUGAUGCAGACAAACUGCUGUCUGCGCGGGUCUAUCCAGACUCUCAGAGCCAGAGAGCAGGUGUGGACCCUCCAGGGGGCCCGGGACUAAUGUUCCCUCUGCCAGGGUGCAGCGUGAGCAGGCAGGACAGCUCCAAAUCCUGGGCUCCUGCAUCAGGAGGAGUGGGAGGUGGGUCAAGGGGGUUUGGAGGGAGUGGCGGAGCAGGAGGGGAAGUAGACGAGGAAACCAAGAAGAACCAGAACAUCAUUAACAUCGUUAGAGAAGGACAGAUCUCAUUGCUGCCUCACCUGGCAGCUGAUAAUCUGGAGCUAAUCAGAGACGAGGAUGGAAACAACCUGCUCCACAUCUCAGCCUCUCAGGGCCAUGCCGACUGUCUGCAGCAUCUCACAUCUUUGAUGGGGGAGGAUUGUCUCAAUGAGCGCAACAACCAGCAGCUCACCCCCGCUGGUCUGGGGGUCAAGAACGGUCAUCUGGAGUGCGUGAGGUGGAUGGUAAGUGAGACAGAGGCCAUUGCCGAGCUGAGCUGCACCAGAGAACAUCCCAGUUUGAUCCACUACGCGGCCCGAUAUGGACAGGAGAAGGUGUUGCUGUGGUUGCUUCAGUUCAUGCAGGAACAGGCUAUCUCUCUGGAUGAAGUCGACCAGAACGGAAACACUGCAGUCCACAUAGCAGCUCAGUAUGGUCACCUCAGCUGUAUACAGACUCUGGUGGAGUACGGCUCCAAUGUGACAUUCCAGAACCAGCAGGGGGAGCGGCCUUCCCAGAGUGCCGAGCGGCAGGGACACACCACUUGCGCGCGCUACCUGGUUGUAGUGGAAACCUGCAUGUCGCUGGCCUCACAGGUUGUUAAGCUCACCAAGCAGCUCAAUGAACAGGCGUCAGAGAGAAUGGCUUUACAGAAACAGCUGCAGAGACUGAUGGAGCCCAACAAGGCAGAGGGGACACCGUCUAGAUCACCCAGCUCCCAUCAACCCUCUGUGGAGGCGUGGCAAGAGAUGAUGUUGACUGCUGAGGGGACUCCUGGGGACGGUCACUGGUUGGUUCGUCAGGGUGGGGUGGGUCCAGACUCCGUGCUGCGGCAGCUCCUGGGGAAGGACAUGUCUGAGACACUCUGUCCUAGAGAGAGACUGCCUCCUGCGGGUGGUCUGAGCAGAGAAGGCCCUGGGGCUCCUGGGGGCCGCAGAAUUGGGCUGGUGGAGAGGAGAGAGCUCAAACUAGCAAGACUCAAACAGAUCAUGCAGCGUUCCUUAAGUGAAUCCGAUUCAGAUGGUUAUCCACCAGAAGAGGGCAAGAAUCAGGGAGCUCCACCCUCAAACACACUACGACCUGAUAGGCCAUCCCACUUGCCAAUCACAGAGGAGGAGCCGGUGUCAAACCACCUCCAACUAAUGAUGAAAAAGCACCUCCCCUCAUCAUCAUCUUCCACAGUUGAGAGGAAGCUGGCAUUUUCUCUCAGUGGAUCAAAGUCAGUAGAUAGCAUUGGCUACAACCCGUCCCCCACCUCCAGUGACCCUGAGGCCACAGAUGGCAAAACCUCAGACAUUCCAGGGGACCAGGAUGCCACCAACGGCCAGAAAGUCGCAACCAGCCCCAAGAGUGCUCUGAAGUCUCCCUCGUCUCGCAGGAAGACCUCCCAGAACCUCAAACUGAGGGUUACAUUCGAUGAGCAGGUGCACAAGAGCUCCAGUCAGGAGGCAGAGCCAACAAAAGUGCAUCAAGGGAAGGAGAGGACUCCAACAGGAAGUUCUGAAAGCAAGCGGCCUUUCGGGACGUUCCGCUCCAUCAUGGAGACACUGAGCGGAAACUCAAACCAUAAUAACAACAACAGUGGUGGUCAGUCGGGUUCUGCGGUUAAAGUGUCCACCAUGCAGAACUCAUCUGGCAGGAAGUCAGAGAGUAAAAGCAGCCCAGGAGGCGGAGCCAAGGGCAAGAGCAAAACUAGUAACGUUUAACCAGCGAGUGCCUACUGAAGGGCAGAAUGAACAUAAUAAACAGAAAGCAAUCAAGAGCAAACAGUACGAGACAGAACAUGAGAAACUUAAAUUAAUUUACAUAAUCUGUGUGAGUCAUUACAGAAAACUGACCACAAAUAGUGACACGGGACAUAAAAAUGCUUCUUGAUAGGCAGACCUUACAUGUUCCAGUGGUAAUGUCUUAAGAGCUCCCUGAAAAGCCUUCAGUUGAUCCCAAGUGAUCACUACGCAACAGUAAGAGGAUUAAGGGGACUAAAAAGAGAGAGCAUAUUUCUCCCAAAUUAGCUCAACUUCAUGGGCUCCCUGUUAAAUCCAGAAUGUAUUUUUUAACUCUUCAUCCUUACAUAGAAAGCCCAGAAUGAUCAGGUGCCAUCAUACCUUAAAGACCUUGUAGUAAAAGUUUUGUAGAAUGAGAGCUGAAGAAUUCAGCUAUCGGGCUAAAGAAUUAGCUCCCAGUUUGGAUUCAGGAGACAGACACCCUGAACUGAACUGUCCACUUCUAAAAUUUUCUUUGUAAUAAAGCUUUUACUUAUGGUUGGAUGAGGUGACCCUGAAACAUCCUUUUAUGCUGCUAUAGGUUCAGGCUGCACUUCCCAUGAUGCACUGAGCUCUUCUACUUCACUUCUUUUUAUUCUUUUAUGUGCAACUGUUGCUCUCUUGUUGUUUGUAGUCUCUGUGUCCAUCUUUUUUCUCUUCCCUUUUGCUCCACCCUCCACCCAGUCACACUAAAUGCAGCCCAACCCUAAUCCUGGUUCAGCUGGAGGUCUCUUCCUGUUAAAAAGGAGUUCAUUCUCCCUGUUGUCACCAAGUACUCCUUAUAGGUGAUUGUUGCAGUUCUCUCUCUAAUAAUGUAGUAUGUAACUUACAAUAAAAAGCGCCUUUAGAUGACUGUUGUUUUGAACAGACACUGUAUAAAGAUAUAAACAACUUUUAAAAACAACAACUAGCUAGAGUGUAACUGAAGUUUCUCGUGUUCAUUGUCUCAGAUGUUUGGCUUUUGAUUGGUUUCUUUAGGGACUAAAACAAACUGUUUCAUGUCUUAAGUUCUCUGAAGGAUUUGUUUUAUUUGAUGGGCUGAUGAUGAUGAUGAUGCUGUGGUAGCUGAUGUCCUACGGAAACCUCACGUCUCCAUAUUUCAGCUUUUCAUGCAUUUUUACUUUUUUUGUUUGUUUUGUUUUAUUUGUUGACACUUUUUGUGUAACAAUUUUCUAAAUGGAGAUUUGUAGUUCCUGUUUCUCUGCCGCUGUUACUGUGCUCUGAUCAACACUAAAGAUGAACUUAUGAAUAUUAGUAUUUAUGUUUACACACAGUUAUAUGAUUAAAAUUUUUUAUGUGGUUAUAAUCAUGCACAUUUCUAACGUGCAGCAGCACAACAACCAAGUUUUAAAAACCACUGUAUAUAUUAGUAUUUAAUUAUGUGUUUUUGUUUUGUUUUUUUACAUUAUAUUCAACUUUUUAAUUUUUGGCAUGAAGUAGAAAUUAGUAGUUUGAUGUGUUUUUGAGACUGGGAGGUUUAAAGAUGCACCUUCUACAGCAGCUGAUAAACUGGCUGACCGUAUGAACGAUGAAGUGGGAAAAGAAAACGUUUAAGCUUUUUUUUUUUUAAGCUUGAAACACGAAGACUGAGGCUGUAAUCUGAUACUGCUAUCCAUUUUUUUUUUUUUUUAUGUCAACACUGCAACAUUUUCUGGUUCAGUGUUUAAAAUGGGAGACUUUAUUUAGCCACAUUUCCACCUAAAUUUAUCAGAACUCUUACUUAUAUGUCUAACCUUUUCAAGUUUCCACCACACUCUGGAAAUACUUGGCAAAUACAAGCCGGUCAUUUAUAAAAUCAUUGACUUACUAUUAGCAGACCCGCAUUGUCGGGUUAAUAUUUAAAAAAAUCUAAAACAUAACAAUAUAUAGAUUAAAAAGUGAGCGUUUAGUCGAACAAUCAACAACGCUCAGGACUGUAACCCCGCCUUAAAAGAUUAAGCCCUGCCCACUUCUGCUUCCACCUCGCCAUACAUGCGCCUGCAGAACACACUGUAGAGUCUACAGUGUAGACGAUUCUCAGUGGUUAGAUGUAGCUGGCUGGAACCACUGACCAUGUACUCUAACUCUAAUCCCUUAUGCAAUUACAGUUUGUGCUCUUUAGUUGAGAAACGUCCAUUUGUGUUCUGCAGAAACCUCAGCUUUGUUUCUAAGUUUUAAACAGUCUCCCUGAAACUAAAUUUUGUAGAAGAACUCACAAGGUAUUUACCUCCCAGGAACAUUACUGCAUUAAAUAUGUUGCUUUACAUUGGUAUAAAUGCAAAGAUGUUGCUGGGGGUUUUUUGGGGGGUUUUUUUGUUUUGUUUUUUGUUUGGUGUUUUAUAGAUCAAAUAAUUUUAUUGCAUAGAAGAAUUGUCAUCAGCAUAAAUGGCUCCAACUAUGCUGCCCAGCUCUAAGUCACAGCAUAUAUCAGAGAUAACAAUAUGAAGCAGGACUAAAUGGACUCAGUAAAUGAGGCAUUCCUAAGUGGUGGAAAGUUUUGUGGCACUUUCUUGUAAUCCUGAAAUGAUUUGCAAUUUUCUAAACCUUUAAUGUUUGACACAGCCUCUAGAGCCUCAGUAGCGCCCUCUAAAGGCUUUUGUUUUACUGUCUGCCUGAUUGGAUGAAAAGCAGCACAGAUUACAGCCCCAGUUUUUUUUAAAAGCUGUGGGAAUAACUGGAUCACAUCUGUUAUGUUUUAAACGCAUGUUUAUGUUCAUUCAAAUACUGUUACUGAUGUUUCGCCGUGGUUGGACUUUAUUCUCUAGUUUUUAAUUCAAAUUCCUGUAUAUUUCCUGCAGUUUGAGUCAGUAUCAUUCUGCACUGCGGUUUCAGAUGGUUUACAGUCACCUUUUUGCAGUUUGCUAUUCCUCUGGCUUUGCACACUCGCUGUGUGUGGUGGGCUGCGGUAGUGGGUGGAUAUCUGAGGCAGUGGGGCUCAGGAGGAUUUACCUGCAUCUACUCCUGAUCUGUUAAAGGAACAGUCCAACAUUUUAGUUUGUCAUCUCUGUGCACUUUGCCUCUGAUUGGAUGAUUAAGUCUGGGGACUAUGCGUACAGAGUCUCUUCACCUCAUGUUUUUAUUUUUUUCCCCAUUUAAUAUUUAUCUGAAUUGAUAUUUCCCAAAUAUCUCACUCUUCACUGUUUAAUUGCUAAAUUUAGACAGUUAAGUGUAAAGGAGGUAUGACAAUGUUAAAACGUUACUGUUACUCAGGACAUAAAGGUUCCCAUGCUUGCUUCACACCCCUUCCAGUGAGCACACUGAAAAACACAGGCUGUCAUUUGGCUUAAAAAAACAGUCAGAUUUGGCUUUAAAUGGGACCUGUUAUGCAUUUACUUCUUUUCUGUGGUAUACAUACUGUUACAGUGGUGGAUGCUCACAUUAAACCUAGUUUCAAGUAAUGAGGUCAGUGUAUGUACAAGUAAUCCCUGAAGCCCAGGCUUUAGACUCCCCUAAACACCCCAUUGUCCUACAGGGGGGUUUUUUUCCCCCUAUUGUUGGGACGUCAGACACAGCAGAGCCAUAAUUCAGUCAUUUCGACAGCCGCACCAACCUGCUGAUUAUACCUUCAGGUUUUCAGAAAGUUGCCUCAAAGGAGCAGCUGGGGAAAAUAUGGCCUUUUGUAUUUAAAGGUCUGUAAUCCUUCUCAAAGAUUCAACAUAACGUUCAUGCUUUUCUGCCAAAUUAUAAUUAGUAAUUUGAUACUAAUUAUAAGAAAAUAAUUUGUAAUCUUUUGUUUUUAUACAGUAACUUUAGCAUAACUGAGGUCAUGCAAAAUUUUACCAUAAUACUGUGAAAACUCUGAAUUACAGGCCUCUAAAGCAUAUAGGGUUGGUGCUUUUUAAAUUGCCUUAUCUUUCCUUCAUCACUUCAGGAGCAGAUGGACACAUGAAAUUUUCAGGACUGAAAAGACAAUCUUGAAAUUUGUUAAAAACUGCAACCAAAUUUAAAAUCGGUUUUAAACCAACUCGAAGUGUCACACUUUUUUUCUGUGAGGAUAUGAAUUGUUUUAAUUUUAAUUAAUUUUUCAUCUGAAAUUUCGUGCAGCCAGCUGCUGAACCUGAGAGUCAUCUGUAAUGUCUACUUAGAAGGUCUGGGACUUGGGAGAAAAAAAACAUAGUAUGAAGGCGCAGUGAAUGAAUCAUGUCUUCAUUGUGAAAUGCCAAAUUUAUUGUAUAUAAACUGAGCUGAUUCUGGCAUGAUCCGAUGGGAACUUUUUUAUGUGGAAUUACCAGAUUAAAUACUUUAAGGUCAUUUUGAAUUUCAAAAUUUCAGACUUUUAAAAUUACAAACAAAAAUCAAUGUCCUUUAACAAUAAUUUCCUGGAAAAUAUGAACAUGCUGCAGGCCUUUAGGACGGUUAUACCUGGAGCAGGUUGCAGGGAAAUGUUUCAGCUUCCAUUGCCCCAAAAUAUUGCUCGUUGCCAAACAAUCAGUGUUCUCUUGGCGGGGCCAGCUGUGUUAAAAGGAUUGUCUUUGAAAUGAAGUUCUUUUUAUCUGGAGCAUUUUCUUUGUAGGCACUCCCUCAGGACAAGAGAAGGGAGACAAACUGAACUUUUGUGCUUCUAAUGAACUCUUCUGAUGGACCCUUACUGUUGCUGCAUCAACUUGGAUGUUUCCUCUCAAUGCAAAGAAAGAAAAACAAUAAAAUGAGACGCAGUAUCGGUGAAUGUUGAAGUGUCUGACCUGAGUUUAGAUUUUUUUUUUUUACUAACCAAUGUGUACAGAGACGGACGUCUUCUGUCCUUCUGCUAUUUAAAUUGUUGUGAAGGCUGAAGACAAACUGAAAUAAACUUUAUUUCUGGACUUGCA